UCGGAAACACUUCUCUAUAGAUAAUGAUAUUUUGUGAGAAGAGUCAAUCAUUACAAUCAUCAUCUCAUCAUCAUUAUCAUCAUCAUCAUCAUCAUCAUCAUCAUUGUCAUUGUCAUCAUCUCUUUUAACGCCGAAUAGAAUUGACGUUGCGUGCGACGACGAUACAAAUAUAAUGUGUAAAUCGUUGAGAUAAGGUACUGUACCAUUGGGUGAGGGCAAAGAACAUGCACAGCUCAUAAGUAAGUUUCUGACAGUUUGUUCUGACUGUUAAAAGACGUUCUAUCUCAAAUAAAACAGGCCGAAUUAAGUUAGUCGCGUAAAUUACUUCGAUGACAAAACGUUUCCACUGUUCGGCAAGUUGAUCAUGGAUCCAAAUAAGGAGAAUGUUAAUGGUUCCAUUCCAUUUCUUGGGAAAAAUGAUGAAAAUUCUAUAAAAAAUGAAAGUAAUGAAGAGGAGGCUCGAAAUUCCCAAAAAGAAAGAAAAUUGUUUCAAUACAUCGUCACAUUCAGUGCCAGUUUGAUUGGUAUGCAAAGUGGAAUGAAUUUAGGAUGGACUUCACCAAUUUUACCAUUCCUCGGUUCAAAACAAUCCUUUAUUCCUGAUCUAACGGAGGACGAAACUUCUUGGAUAACAUCGUUAUUAGCAUUGGGUGCAAUAUUGGGUGCAGUGCCAGCUGGAAAAAUAGCUGAUUUCUUUGGUAGAAAAUUAGCAAUGGGUUUAACAGCAAUACCCUUUUUAAUAUCCUGGAUUACACUGAUAUUUACAAGAAAUAUUAUUGGUGUAUACGUGGCACGUUUCAUUGGUGGUAUCGGAUCCGGUGCUGCGUGCGUUUUGGUACCGGUUUAUAUCGGGGAAAUAGCACAAGCGUCGAUAAGGGGUACGCUUGGUAUCAUUUUUCCCCUUUUAUUUUCAUUCGGCAUAUUAUUUUCUUACGUUAUGGGUGCCUAUCUUUCUUAUACGAUUUUCAACGUCUCCUGUUGUUCGGUAUUAAUCAUUUUUCUCGUUAUCAUUAUCUUCUUACCGGAAUCACCUAUGUGGUUGGUACACAAGGAAAAAAAAUCUCAGGCAGUUAAAGUAUUACAAAUCUUACGUGGAAUUAAUUACGACGUUAAAGAAGAAAUUUCAACGUUGCAAGAUGAGGCCGACAGAGUUGAGACUAAAAGAGGUGGUAUCAUGGAUUUAAUUGGUACUAAAGCUGGAAGAAAAGCUUUUGGUACUUGCCUGGGUCUUAUGUGGUUCCAACAGAUGUGCGGAAUAGAUGCUGUUUUAUUUUACACUGUUAGAAUAUUUCAAAAUGCUGGUAGCACCAUCGAACCAUUCGUUGCGACAAUCGUUAUUGGUUUAAUCGAGGUCAUUAUGACUAUAUGUGUUGCUUUCAUUAUCGAUAGAUUUGGAAGGAAACCAUUACUCCUGAUAUCUGGAAUAGCAAUGACUCUGUGUUUAGGUGUCCUUGGUUAUUACUUUAAAAUAAAAGCCGAUCAUAAGGAUAUACUUUUUCUUGGCUGGUUACCAUUAACAACACUUUCUUUAUACAAUGUUGUAUUUUCAAUCGGUUACGGAUCGGUACCAUACGCGAUGAUAAGCGAACUUUUUCCACCGGAGACUAAAGGAGUAGCAAGUAGCAUCUCUAUUAUGGUACACUGGAGUCUUGUAUUUGCUGUUACCAAGUUAUUUCCAAAGAUGGAAAACGUCAUGGGUGAAGCUAUUACUUUUUGGACCUUUGCUUGUUUCACUGCCUUGUCAGUGGUAUUCUCCUUCUUUUUCGUCCCUGAAACGAAAGGGAAGACUCUUCAGGAUAUACAAAAGAAACUGGAACGAAAGCGUAAGUUGAUCAAAGACGUACAGUCUGCUUGAGGAGUCUCUCUCUCUUUUUUCUUUUUUUUUUUUGGUUGCUGUUCUUUCUUUCUUUCUAUCUCUCUCUCAUCACUCUUAUGGAAU